AUGAAGACCUCAGACAUUUUCCAUCUGUCUGCUGUGCUCCUCAUGUACCUCUUCAACUGCUGUCUUGCACAGAGUGAAUCUGACCUCAUAAUAGCAACAAGGUUGGGCCAUGUGCAGGGUGUACGCUUGCCUGUUCCAGACCGGAGUCAUGUGAUUGCUUUCUUGGGCAUCCCAUACGCUGAACCUCCGCUGGGGAAGAGGCGUUUCAAGAAAGCAGAGCCCAAAAAGCCCUGGAAUGGUGUCUUCGAGGCUAGAGACUACCCAAAUGCCUGCUUUCAGUCCGUAGACACCUCUUACCCAGGCUUUCCAGGUAUCGAGAUGUGGAACCCCAACAGAAUGAUGAGCGAGGACUGCUUGUACCUUAAUGUGUGGGUACCUCCUACCCCUAGGCCACAGAACCUCACAGUAAUGGUCUGGAUAUACGGUGGCGGCUUCUAUAGUGGCUCAACCUCUCUCGACGUCCAUGAUGGCCGGUACUUGGCACACUCUGAAAAGGUAGUGGUUGUGUCUAUGAACUAUCGUGUUGGAGCUUUUGGAUUCCUUGCCCUCAAUGGCUCAUCAGAAGCACCAGGGAAUGUGGGUCUCCUUGACCAGAGGAUGGCCCUACAAUGGGUCCAAGAAAACAUCCACUUCUUCGGCGGUAACCCAAAACAGGUCACCAUUUUUGGAGACAGUGCUGGGGGAGCAUCAGUUGGCAUGCAUGUUCUGUCACCAGACAGCCGCCCGUUCUUCACACGUGCCAUAAUGCAGAGCGGUGUUCCUAAUACCCCCUGGGCUACUAUUAGCUUUGAUGAGGCCCGUCGGAGGGCCACCUCUUUAGGCAAACUCGUUGGCUGCAGUGAGGGUAACGACACUGAGCUGGUUGACUGUCUGAGGAACAAACAUCCACAGGAACUAAUUGAUCAGGAGUGGCAUGUGCUCCCCUACAGCAGCUUGUUCCGCUUUUCCUUUGUCCCUGUCAUAGAUGGCAUUUUCCUUCCCGACACCCCAGAUGCCAUGCUUAGCUCGGGGAACUUUAAAUACACUCAGAUCUUGAUGGGUGUAAAUCAGAAUGAGGGAUCUUACUUCUUGCUUUACGGUGCACCAGGAUUCAGUAAAGACAAUGAGAGUUUGAUAUCUCGAGAAGACUUCCUUGAAGGUGUGAAGAUGGCCAUUCCUCAUGCUAAUGAGAUUGGCUUAGAGGCAGUUAUCCUUCAGUACACUGACUGGAUGGAUGAGAACAACCCCCAGAAGAAUCGAGAUGCCAUGGACGAUAUUGUAGGAGAUCAAAAUGUCAUCUGUCCUCUGCAGCACUUUGCAAAGUCUUAUGCCCAGCACGCUGCCCUCCAUGCCCAGCCGGGAGCUGCAGCUCCAGGGACACCAGGCUGGGGAAACUUAGGAUCAGCAGGCUACAACAGUGGCAACUCACAUGGUGCUGUGUACCUUUACCUGUUUGACCAUCGAGCCUCAAAUCUGGUCUGGCCGGAGUGGAUGGGCGUAAUCCAUGGUUAUGAAAUUGAGUUUGUGUUUGGCCUGCCAUUAGAAAAACGACUCAAUUACACACCAGAGGAAGAGAAACUCAGUCGACGAAUAAUGAGAUACUGGGCCAACUUCGCUCGCACCGGUAAUCCCAACAUAAACAUCGAUGGCACCAUAGACAGUCGAAAGUCCAAGCAGUGGCCUCAAUUUACAUCUACUGAGCAAAAGCAUGUGGGCUUGAACACAGAGCCACUAAAGGUCCACAAAGGUCUAAGAACACAGGUUUGUGCUCUGUGGAACCGCUUCCUGCCUCGCCUGCUUAACAUCACAGACAACAUUGAUGAUGUUGAACGACAGUGGAAAGUGGAGUUCAAUCGCUGGAGCUCUUACAUGAUGCACUGGAAGAGCCAGUUCGACCAUUACAGCAAGCAGGAGCGCUGCACAGACCUCUAGAUAAAUCUGAUGUAAAUGUAAGAAAGUGCAGAUCAAAGAAAAGGAAAACUGGUGACCAUAACCCUUAAUAGUCUCUUUACAGAACAGCAAAGGUUGCCAAAGCUUUUUCGUUGAUUACUGUCUGAGUAGGCAUGAGAAUAAAUUUUAUUCCUCCCUGUAUAGAAUAUUAUACUUAUCACUCAAUUAUAUUAUGUGACACACGCACACACACACACACACACACACACACACAUAUAUAUAUAUAUAUAUAUAUAUAUAUAUAUAUAUAUA